CAUAAUAAAUGAACUUACUAUCAAAAGACAAAUUUAUUAAUGUAUACAAGCCCAACAGAUUUGAUAGUAUCUCCUGUGACCAAAGGGCUUCUUGCCAGAACCAAAAGGGGUGGUGCACUAUUACCACCACUUUCUAAAACUGAAACUAAAAUCCCAGACAUGUCUUUGCAGGAUGUGAGUCCUUUACAAAACAAAGUGCCAAUACUGAUCGAAGAGAAGCUCAACUAAAACCUAAAGAAUUCAAUCAAGUAUGAACCUCUUGUGGCGUUGAGUUUGAAGAUUUUGUAAUACUCUGAAAGAAAGAACUAGAUGUUCUAUGAUAAUCUCAUCUCAUUUUAUAUUUAUUAGUCUAAAAAAAUGCUAUUUGUCAAACUUUCUCUGAAUUACUAGGAACAAAAUUGAGAGAGGGGAACCUUGAU